AUGUCUAGAAAAGUGUUCGAGUCGCGGGAGGACAUCGAGUUCCGGUUCACGCUGGGUCUGACGUCACUGGCUCGCCGUUACCUGGGCGCCGCCAGCAGCAAGAUCACCCUGCUGGGCCUGGCCGAGCCGGUCCCCCGCAGUGUGCCGCUGACGCCGCGCACGCCCGAGGAAGAGAAGCGCUCCGCCGCCGACAGCGACCAGCUGGCCAUGCUCAGCCGUCUCGCCCUCUCUGCCGUCUCGUCACAGGGCGCCGUCGGCGGACUCCUGGUGGCCGGAUUUCUGCUGCGCACGGUCGGCUGGCGGCUGGUGGGCCUGACAGCUGGCCUGUACGGCUCGCUGUACCUGUACCAGCGGCUGACCUACACCAACCAGGCGCGCCAGCGCCGCUUCAAGCGCCAGUACGUGGAGCACGCCACCAGGAAGCUGCGCCAGAUCGUGGACCUGACGUCCACCAGCUGCAGCCACCAGGUGCAACAAGAGCUGUCGAGCACGUUCGCGCGGCUGUGCCACCUGGUGGACGAGUCCAUCAGCGACAUGCGGGGGGAGGUGGCGCGGCUAGACGCCGAGAUUGCCGAGGUUGACGCCGUGGCUGACUCGGCCAAGACCCUGCGUAACAAGGCCUCGUUCAUCGCCAGCCAGCUGGUCACCUUCGCCGACAACUUCCUGACCGAUGUCAGCUAGGAGGGGUUCUAGUGCAAUGAGAGCAGCAUUG